AGGCGUCGAAGGUAUUGAAACUACAGAGAAAUAGUUUGGAGUUUCUUUUGGAUCACUUUUGUGGAGUUAUUGCGAAUAAAGAAUACCAGAAUGCAGAUUGGAGAUUACGCCCUCUUCCUGAGGAUAUGGUCAGAUAUGCCAGAGAAGAUACACACUAUCUAUUGCAUAUAUAUGAUUUAAUGAGAAUGGAGUUGUUUUCAAUGCCCAAGGAGGACGAAAAUUUUGAUUCUCCUUUAGUAGAGGUCUACAAGCGCAGUUAUGAUGUAUGCAUGCAGCUGUAUGAGAAAGAGGUUUUGACAGAAAACUCAUAUCUAUAUAUAUAUGGGUUGCAAGCUGCUGGUCUCAAUGCUCAGGAGCUUGCUGUAGUUGCAGGGCUUUAUGAGUGGCGGGAUGUUGUUGCUCGUGCAGAGGAUGAGAGUACUGGAUAUAUAUUACCAAACAAAGUUCUUCUUCAAAUUGCCAAGCAGAAGCCGGAUGCAACUAGCAAGUUACGUCGAAUCGUAAAAUCAAAGCAUCCUUACGUGGAGCGCAAUCUUGCUUCCGUUGUUAACAUCAUUAGGCAUUCUAUGCAUAACGGUGCUGCAUUUGAAGCUGUUGCUGAAAAUCUGAAGAUUGGCCACAUGGAAAUGGUAUCGGAUGGAAAUAUUGUGGUUACCGAUGGAUCUGAGGCUGUCUUACACGAUGCUCCUGCAUAUUUUCAAGGUGCAAAUGCCAGAGGAGAAAGCAUUGAAGCUGGUGAUAUGAAAAAUAGCAUUUCGGUACUCUUGCCUGCUUGUUCGGAGCAAGACGAGUCUCUGGAGCUUGGGUGCAGUGCCUCUGAACUUGGCAGAGAUGGACAAGGGGCUUCUUUUGAAGUUUUAGAUAAAAAUGGGAAGGUAAAUACUGGUUCUGAUGGUUAUAUUGCAGAGCUCCCCACUGAAAGGCUUAAGGCAAAUGAUGACACCUUGGUAUCGGCUUCAACAAAAGUUGUUACUGGAGCAACGGUUCAGAUGUUAAAGAAGCCUAGUGGUGCUUUUGGGGCACUGCUCGGGAGUUCUGCUCCAAAGAGAAAGUUUAAUACUGAUAAAAAGCAGGAAGAGAUGAAGUUGGAACAAAUCAGGUCUUCAGUGACCUUCCCCUUCCACACAUUUUCGGGCACGAGUGAGCAGUCACAACCAGUUACGGAAACACUGGAUACAGUUGGGGGAAUUCAUCAUCUUCAAGAAUCAAUUGUCGUGCCAGCUGCCAGCUCUAAUUUAGAGGAGAUUAUAACUCUAGUAGAUGAAUCAAAUAUAGAGGAAUCAAUUCGUGGAAAUAGGGAAGCUACAAAUGGGCACAAAAACGAUUUCGGGACAUCUGCUUUAGAAUUGGAUAGUGGAGAUGAGCCUAUGUCUCUCUCUGAAUUGUCAUCAAGCUUCCAAAAAUGCUUUGAGUCAAGUAAUCAAAAUGGGAAAGCCAGACAAGUUGAGAAAUCUCAAGAACCUGGUUUCUUGCAGCUAAGGCCAUUUGAUUAUGAAGCAGCACGGAAGCAGGUCAGAUUUGGAGAAGAUAAAUUGGAAGAGUUGGAAUCAGGAAGCGAGAAAGGUUUAAAGGGCCGGCUCAGUUCUCGGGGAAAGAAAAAAGGUUCAGUUACAGAUCGAACCCAAAGAGACGAUGGCACAAGAGAACUUGCACAAGGCAUGCGACGUCAAGCUUUUCCGGCAACAGGGAAUCGUAGCGCAACUUUUCGGUGAGUCCCUUGCUACAUAUUGUACUUGUCGGUGUAUGACAGAUAAAAAGAAUGCUUAUCAACCUCGGUGGGUUGUCAUUUCAUUAUCCAAUACCAAUUUCCUUUGUUCUUACAA